AUGAUGAGAAAUCGGAGAUUGUUUGUGAAAGUGUUCAUACUAACUUCUCUAUUUUGGCUCGCAGUGGACAUUCUUUACAUUUUAACUUCCAUGAACAGCCAAAUGAACUUUUUCAACACAGAUUCGUUCGUGCCGUUAGACGCGACCGGAAGUUCGCACGGACAGUACCCACGCGAGUCCUCUCACGAGGCCGAGCGGAAGUGGCGAAGCCCCAAAGUAAAACCUUACUUUUCAGAAGUGAUACAAGGAUUAGGAGAUGACGGUGAGCCAGCGACAUUACCGUCGCGAUUUAAGGACGAAGCAGAGCGCUCUUUUGAUAACCAUUCGUUCAAUGUUAUUCUCAGUGAUCAUAUGUCGUUGGACAGAACUCUGAAAGACUAUCGUGGGCCAAAGUAAGUUUAAUUGUAAGCAGCCCAUUGUUUCUUUACGUUGUCACUGUAAACUUAAGUCGCCGAAAGGUUGUAUUCCGUAAAACUGAAACAAGACGCAUUCGAUCUUGAGGUGUAACAUUAUUUUUGCAAGUGGAUUUAUCAACAGUAAAUUAGUUACGAUGAUCAGCUAGUUGGCAGAUAAUUCAAAUUAAGUUCCUUUCAACCAAAAUUAAAAUGCAGUAUUGUUUCAGAGACAACUCCAUCGGUACAUAAUGAUUUAUUUUUCCCGUUUGUUUCAGGUGUCGCAAAAAACACAAGAAAUACCCUACUAGUUUACCGACUACAAGUGUUAUCAUUUGUUUCCAUAACGAGGCUCUGUCUGUUUUAUUGAGAACAGUACACAGUGUCCUCAAUAGGUCGCCACCACAUCUUCUGGCUGACAUUGUCCUGGUAGAUGACUUCAGUGAAUUCGGUAGGACGCAAAUCUAUCUUACUUGUUUGACUUUGUAAAAAUCAGAGAAUUAUCUUCAAACCUGUAGGUGCGCAUCAACUUGUACUUGGCAAUAUCCAGUUAUCAAUUUACCUCCAAGGAUUUCAAUACACAAACACUGACUUGAUAAGGAUCAGCCAUUAUUUAUACCCGAAGAGGAAGUGGGGGGAGGGGGGGUGGAGGAUUUUGGGGGGUGGAUCACAUGGUUUUCGGGAAGAACAGAAGGGGGAUGAUCACCCGUCUCCAACAGAGUGUAAGGAGGUGACUGGUUGGGGAGGGGGGGGGAAGGGAAAGGGGGGAUGAGCUUUAUGGGGUAAUUGGGAAAAUUUAAUCGUACCACUACCAAAAUCCUCCAAACCACCACCACCCUCCACCUUUCCCCUUCCCGUCGAUAAAUAAUGACCAGUCCCAAGCCAUUCGAAACGUGAAUGACAUAUAUCUGACCGUUUAACUAUUCCUUUGCAUCGUACAGAAAACCUUAAAAUGUCUUUGGAGGAGCAACUCAGCGAAUUCGAAAAAGUAAAAAUUAUUCGGAUGUCCCAGAGGGAAGGCUUGGUUCGAGCACGGCUUCGCGGAGCCGAGGUUUCCCGGGGAGAGGUUUUGACUUUCUUGGACUCCCACUGUGAAGCAACUGAAGGGUGGCUAGAACCGCUACUGGCUCGGAUUGCGCAGAAUCGCACCAAUGUCGUUUGUCCCGUGAUAGAAGUAAUAAAUGCUGACGACUUUGGUUAUCAAACAUCAGACGUAAUUUAUGAGCGUGGAGGCUUUUCUUGGGAUCUGUUUUUUACCUGGAAAGCCAUUCCGGAAGAGGAAAAGAAACGAAGAGAGGACGAAACAGACUUCAUAAGGCAAGAGCGAAAUUAAGGUUGUUCACUAUCUGGGUAACACCCUCCCUUGGUCAGCUUUCAUGGACAUGAAACUGAAUGAUUUAUCAGCAAGACCAUUAAAAUGGUCUCAAUCGAUUUCAGUUGCUCGUAACGGCGAAAGAUUGUUAGGGAAACUCCAAAAAGUACCAAUGUUGUAAACUGCCAGAUUGUUGACGACCGUAACAGAAGCCAUCUUAAGAAUCAAUUCACCUAACCCUGACGAACGUAAUGAUUAUCGUGCAAACGACCAUAUGACUGACAUUCCGACCAUACGACUGAAAUUCCGCCUUAGACAUACCUACAACAAGCGAUAGAUUAUCCGAAAAGGCGACUGAUACUCCGAACAGACGAGUGUUAAGUCGAGCAGACGACUGAUACUGUCAACAGAUGACUCGGUAACAUCGAGCAGACGACUAAUACUCCGAAUAGACGACUGUUAAGUCGAGCAGACGACUGAUAUGUCGAACAGUAGACUGAUACUCCGAACAGACGACUGUCACGUCGAACAGACGACUGUCCCGUCGAGCAGACGACUGAUACUCCGAACAGACGACUGUCACGUUGAGCAGACGACUGAUACUCCCGAGCAGACGACUGCCAAUACUCCGAACAUACGACUGUGACUCCGAGCUGAAGAUUUAAAUGCCGACCGAGCGACCAAUAUUCUGAACAGACAACUGACUCUUUGAUCAGACAAAAGAUCGAUAAUUGAUAGUAUGUUUCUGAUCGGUUUUUACUCACGAAAAUGUCUCUCCAUAACAUGACUACUGUUUCUCAUUUGUCAUUUUGGUUCCCAUUUGCGUAUCCUUCCUUUCAGGAGUCCUACUAUGGCGGGCGGUUUGUUCUCGAUGCAUAAACAGUAUUUUUAUGAUCUAGGAUCAUAUGACGACCAAAUGGACAUCUGGGGAGGGGAGAACCUCGAACUAUCCUUCAGAGUAAGGCGACACAUGUUAUAACUAGAAAUAUUGUGAUGAUACCCAACCCUCACCAUGCCGCUCUUAUGUCCUUUUGUUAACUCAAAAGGAAUGCGCUACAAAAAAGGAAAAACAAACAAAACAUAAAUGUUCCAGAAACAAAAGGACAUACCCCCCUUGCCGCUUUCCCCAGAUCUGUCCUUGACACCAAGAAAUUUCGGAGUCGAUUACUUGAAAAUCUGCAAUUAAGCGCAUGGUAUCAACAUUUCACUAACGAUGAAGUAGUAAUGCAAAUGAAUAAAUUCUUCUUGAAAACAACAUUUAUGCUACAAACAGGACGUAAAGUUAAAAUUUAAUUAAAAAUAAAUAUGAAUGAUUUUUCUUUAUGUGUCAUCUAGCAUGCAGUGCGAGAAUUUUGCUCAACUCCGUAUUUCUACGAUUGCUGCGACAUUGAUGUGAUAAAAUAUCAAGUUAUCUUGUCUUUAACCAAGGUAUGGAUGUGUGGAGGCCAAUUAGAAAUCGUACCAUGCUCACGCGUUGGUCACGUGUUUCGUAAAUACACGUCACCUUACAAGUUUCCUAAAGGCACCGGAGUCACUCUGGCGAAGAACUUCAAUCGUCUGGCCGAAGUAUGGCUGGACGAGUACAAGGAAUUUUACUACAGGUACUGAAAGAAUGGAGAAGUGUUAUGAAUCAUAUGUAAUCGAUGUAAUCGUCGAUAGGUUACGCUGUGAAAGAGAGUCUGUUCGUUGUCUAUUUAAGAAGUAGAUUCCAUUUUGCUUGGUGUCCGCUCACUAGUAGAUCAGAGAUGACGUCAAAAUGCGGUGAGAAUAAAAAAAAGUGGCACACUAACACAUAUUUGAUCUGAAUUGAAGACCUCGUACAAUUUGCAGGAGAAAAACCGAUGAGGAGAAGAACGUCGAUAUUGGAGACAUAAGCGAGCGAGUAAAGCUAAGAAAGAGGCUGGGCUGUAAAACCUUCAAAUGGUAUCUGCAAAACGUUUUCACGGAUAUGGCUUCAGUGGAUCCCAAUCCUCCAGCGCAGGGCGAGGUGUGUAAAGUGCAUCGCGGUGGUUCGAUUCUUGUAUAAUGUGCAGGGCUAUUCAAGCAUUAGACCGCACUUUGAAUCGGUUUACCAACAAAAUAACCCACGCGGAAUGUUAGGAGAACACAAGCAGAUCAUCUUUGUGCUUUUUCCCUUAAUAUACCUUUGUCUGUAGAAAUAAUCCUGCAUAAUGCAGUCAGGUCAUACUUUCUUCUUUAAUCAACACUCCAACCUCCAUUAUUAGAUACGAAAUCCAAGUUCCUCUCUAUGUGUGGACACGCUUGGAGAGAAAUCGGCCAAGGUAGACCGUGUGGGACUGUACACCUGUCAUGGCAUGGGAGGAAACCAGGUAACGUGUUCGCUUUCUUCAGUACAUAAAUUGUAGUUACUUAAACCCUCAAAAACUCUCUCUAAAUCUUGAGAAUUUAAGCGGAAGUCGUUGCGCAUCAAAAGGUUUCGGGGGGCGGGAAGCUCGAAUUAGCGAACGCAUGGUCUUUUUCCAGUAGAGCUUCAGACAGCACAACAAUGUGCUAGUAAUAAACGAGUUCUAGACAUAACUUACGCUCGUUCAAGCUGUCUUCAUUGCCACCGCACCAAGCGCUCCGUCCCGUGUAAGAAAGCUUUUCCAAUAGGAGGAAAAUUACUUCGUCUCACCGACAUUUGGGAGCAUGCGUGGAGUAACUCAUCUCUUGUCAUAAAGCGGUUUCGGGCACCUUUCAGUGGUAACACUCCACCCUUCCAUGAGCUUCGUUCUUUACAGUGGUUUAGCUUGGUCUGUAUUCUUAUCAACAAUGAUAUUCGUUAUUACAGUGGCCACAAUGCGCCUCGUGAGUCCGCAACUGUCGAUUUGUUGUUAUUUUUACCUCAAUAUCGACGUCAAUUAAAACGAUUCUGAGAGCUGAUAAAGGCAUUGCGUGACACAUUGACGUCAGUAGCGCUGUCUGUUGCCUGUACUCUUAUCGACAACAGCAAAGUGGCCAAUCAGAUUGCGACAUUUCUACCAACUGUAGUGAAGAAGUAAUUCUAAACACCCUUUAGGUCGGCAAUUACUCAACUAUUUGUCGUUUCUUAUGAUGAUCUCCCUCUCCACUUGCAGUUUUUCACCUUGACGAAGGUGAACGAAAUUCAGUUCAGUGAUGACAAGUGUUUAGACGCACCGAACAGCGAGCCGGGAAGUUUUGUUGAGAUGAUCACAUGUCAUGGUUUGAGGGGAAAUCAGGAAUGGAAACACGACAAGAGGAAGGUAUAGCUUGUACAUGGCUUGAAACUUGAGGAACAAAAACACAAACAAAACGAAGAGGAAAAAUAAACAAAUAAACAAAAAGGCACACCAAAUCACUUUGCUUUCGGUUUGUUACGUUCCUUGGUGAGUGGUAAGUUAGGAAAAAAAAAACAGCCGAAGUGCUCAACUCUUCUGUUAUUCGAUCAACCAUCCGACGGGGUGAAACCAAAAAUGUGUGAAAAUGGUGGCAUACGUUUUUCCGCCUUUGGCAAAAGUAGCGUGGUUCUCUUCGUGUAUUAAUAGUCUCCCUGUUUCUAUCGUUUGGUUUGACUUGCUUUAGUAAAUGCUUUGGAAACUGCUCCUAUAAUCGACUCAGCAACAAGCUUUGGCCAAAAAAGCUAUCCUUCCUUCCUUCCUGUUAUUCAAUAUUUAUGAUGCUGAUUCGUAUACUUUGUUUUGGAUUAACUAAUAAUCUUCUAAUUGAUAUUCUGUCUUUGUUAUUAUCGCUUGUCUACUUGAUGUUGUAUUGAUAUUGUCAGGAUAAGUUAUCUCUUGGUCACUCGUGGGAGUUAAAGUCAAGGAUUAAGUAAUUACAUUUUCGUGUUUCAUCUUCAGGGUACUAUAGUCCACGUAUGGACAGGCACGUGUUUAGACAUGUCCCAAGACAGACUGAAUCUAGUUGUUAAUCCAUGCAGGAAAGGAAAAAGUUCACAAAAAUGGAAGUUCUCACGUUACCAACAGCCCAAGAGCAAGAAGAGUUCUUAGAAUGUGCAAUAAAUCAAAGAACGUUUGACGCGAUGUAAGAAAACCAAGAAGUACACGACAAAAACUGUAACGAUCAUGCUCGAAAUGCCGAUAUUUGUCGCUCAGGACUAGGAACCAGGUUGUAUAAGGGGCAAUCACGUCUGAAAUCUGUACCAUUUCACACAUAAUAGUAAUCGAUUUUUUAUCAUAAAAUUAUUUUGCAAGCUUUUGGUAACUGUACGUCAUUAGGCCAUGGUGGGUUUU